AUGGCGCUCGCUGAGCUGCCGAGCGAUAGCUCCUUAGCCACGCCCCACAGACCGCUCCUCCUAGUGGGUGACGUCAUAACCCGGAAGUGCCUGUACCCUUGUGGAGCAGGACCGGAGCGGAAUGUGGGCUCCAGGACAGAAGUGGUUCAGAAAUGGGAAAGUGAGCAGGAGAGUAUGAAGCAGCGGUUGGUGUUGGAGGACACUGAGGCGUGGCAGAAGGAGCUGAACUUCAGUGGGCUGGAGAGAGUCGGGGGAGUCGACCUGUCGUUUAUCAAAGGAGACGAACACAACGCCUGCGCUCAACUCAUCAUCCUCACCUACCCUGACCUCCAGGUGGUGUAUGAAGUUAGUGAGAUGGUGUCUCUGAGUUCUCCGUAUGUUUCAGGGUUUUUGGCCUUCAGAGAAGCUCCACCACUUUUACAGCUUCUCCAAACACUUGAGAGAGAACAACCUGAACUAAUGCCCCAGGUGGUGUUUGUGGAUGGGAACGGCCUGUUUCACUACAGAGAGUUCGGCUUGGCGUGUCACCUCGGCGUGCUGUUAGAUCUGCCCUGUGUGGGCGUGGCUAAGAACCUGCUCCAGGUUCAGGGUGUGGUCAAGAAUGAUGAGCAUCAGUCACAAAUUAGCACUCUGACUAAAUCAGGUCACACUUUCCCACUGGUCACUGAUUCUGGGAAAAUACUGGGACAGGCUCUGCGCAGUUCAGACCGCAGCACUAAACCAAUCUACGUGUCGGUGGGUCAUCGGAUAAGCCUGGACACAGCCGUCCGUCUCACACACUCCUGCUGUCGCUACCGUGUUCCUGAACCCACACGACAGGCAGAUCUACACUCGAGGGAAUACCUGCGAACACACUUUACCCCACCGAGCUGAACACACACACACACACACACAAAGUUGAGUGCAAAACCAUCUGUUCUGUCUGAGUCUCAUGUUUGUGGUAGAAAAACAGCUCAGUGUGUAACAAUGCUCAUCUAUCUUUUGCACACACACACACACACACACACACACACACACACUGUGUACUACUCUGAUAAGGAAGGAUUGAUGUGAUGCUCACACACACACAGUGUGGAGUAAAAACAUUUAGCCUCAUGCACACACUAGAAUACAGACACACACACACACACUCACACAUCUCUAAAGUGUGUGUCAUUUUUUACUUUUUCAACAAACUUUUUACUGUAAUACAAUAGAACCAAUAAUAAAACACUCACACAGACACACACCACUAACACACACCAACUCACAUGCACACACCAGCACACACACACACCAUCAAAACAAAGCAACACACGCUUUAUAAAAGCCAUCAACACACACACGCAACCAACACACACACACCCACACCAUCAGCACACAAUUAUUCAACACACACCUAUUCUCCCAGUAGGGGGCGCCACAGCGGAUCAUCUGUCUCCAGACCCCCCUGUCCUCUACAUUUGCCUCUUUCACAGCAACUACCUGCAUGUCUUCCUUCACCACAUCCAUAAACCUCCUCCUUGUUCUUCCUCU